AUGGUUGGAAAUAUUGAAAAUAUAAAUUUAUUAGUGCAUUCAAAUUCUAUGCAUACAAAAAAUAAUGUCAAUACAAUGAAUUCAUCCCCUAUUUCGUUUAAAAAAAUGAAUGAACAAACUGAUGAUCAGAAUGGAAAAAGAAAUAGAAAAAAGUAUAGCAAAAAUUUAGAUUCAAAUUUUAAAGAAUAUAAUGAUAGUGAUUCGCAGCAUAGACGCAUUACUAAACUUGAUAAUGGAACUAACACAUUGAAUGAAAAUAGGAAAAGUUCUGAGAUAUCUGAAAAAACAUAUUAUUAUAAAGAAAACAGUUUACAUAAUGAAUCAGAAAAUAAAAUAAAAAAUUUUAAAAAUAGUAAAGAAAUAGAAGAAAAAAAAAAUUCUUCAAAUUUAGACACAACAAAUGGGCUUCUAGAUAUAUCGACGUCUAUAUUUAGUGCAAUCACUAAAAGAUUAACAGAAAUGAAAAAAAACGAAAAGGCGAUUGAUGAAAGUUCUGAAAAUGUAUUUAAAGAAAAUAUGGAACGAAAAAAAACAAUUUUAAAGGAUGGCGGCAAUACAUUUAGUAAUAAUAAUAUAUCUGAAAAAUAUAACACAUAUGAAACAGAUGCGUAUUUAAUAAAUUCACCAAUUCAAGAAUCUAUAAUAAAUGAUGAAAAAUAUGUAAAAAUGAAACAACAAAAUUCUGUGAUAUUUGACAAGAAUUGUUAUAAUCCACAAUGUGAAGAAAAUUUAAUUUUUAUUAAUAAUGCAUAUAAUGAUGAUAAUGUAUACAAUAUGCAAAAUAAUUUGAAAUAUACACCAAAUCAAACUGGUAUAUAUAUAAAUGGAUCUGGCACUUCUGGAACACAUAAUGUGCCAAUAGAUCUAUAUAAUAAUAUUGCUCAUAUAUCUACAAAUAUAAAUAACCCUUAUAAUAAUAUGCAAUUCGCUACACAUGCAGUAAUUCCUUCAGACAUAAAACCAUCAACACAUUUAGUAGUUUCCCAACAAAAUACACAACCAACUUUUUUAGUUUCUAAUAAUAAUAUGAAUUAUGAUGCACAAAAUGAGCGUAUAUUUCAAACAAGGAAUGAAAUUAAUAUUGGGAAUGAAAACCCAACUUGUUUAUAUACAAAUCCUGUAAUUAACCCAGGAAUAGUACAUAGAGUAGAAUAUGAAAGUAAUAAUUUAAAAAAUAAUUCUAAAAAAAUGAAUAGAAUGAUAAUAAAUGAAAAAAACGAAUUUUAUAAUUUUGCAAAAAAAGAACCAAAAAAAAAAAGUCUAUUAUGUAAUAGUUCCGAAAAAAAUGAUAAAAAAAAUGUGAACCCUGAAUUAAAGGCAGAAAUAUUAAUAUAUAAAAAUACAUUAUCAAAUCCCCCCAAAAAUAUAAAAAAUGGUACAUAUAAUAUUCCAAUAAAAAACAAUGUAUUUAUUCGAACUCGAUCCUUAACACCUCAUACAUAUUAUUCUAAAAAUAUAAAAAAUGUUUCGCCUUUGAAAAACAUAAAUAUCCAAAAAAAUGGUCCAAAAAAUAUAAAACCCAAAAUUAUGCACACUAAUCCUAUUUGCACACACGAAGUAACUUAUACAUGUCCUAUACAAAAUAGUACACAUUUUGAAAAAAAAAAUGAUAGUAUUCCUAUUAAUAAAUUAGUAGAAUCUUGUGAUAAUAAAAGUGACUUAAAUAUAUGUUCUACAGAAGCUUCUAGUAUAGAAUCUAUUGGUUAUGAAAAAUCAGAUAAACAAAUAAAAAGCUUAAAUCAAAAAAUAAAAAAUUUACAGAACAAAAUUUCUGAACUCACCAAAACAAACAAAAACCUUAACGAGCUUUCUCAAAUGUACAAGAACGAAUGCAACAGGAUACGUGAAACGCUUGGAAUACACGGCAUAGACAAAAAUUAUAUUUCACCGAAAAAAAUAAUAAAUUAUGAAAAGGAGAAUUUAAAACUUGAAAAAGAAAAUGAAAAAUUAAGAGAACAAAUAAAAGUAUUAGGUAAAGCUAUUUUGUCAACUCAUGAUAUAGCUGGAGUUAAAAAAAUAUUGGCUAAACAAAUAAUUAAUUUAAAUGACGAAAACGAAAAAUUUAAAAAGGAAAUUAAAGAAUUGAAAAAAAAAGAAAACAUAAAUAAUCAAGUAAUGUUUAAUAUUAAUAAAUCAGAAGUUUCCGUUGAUGCAGUUGAUAGUAUUUUUCUACAAACCAAAAAUGUUAUUAUCGAGGUACACCAAUCAAUAAAUGUAUUUUAUUUGAAUUUGAGAAAUCUGAUAGACGAAUUUUUUGAGAAAAUAAAAUUUCUCAUUGUAGAGGAUGAAUAUACGAAAAAAGAAAAGCUUCUUUAUGUCACAAGUCUGGAAGAAAUAAUCAAUGAGAAUUUAACCGAGAUCAAUGGAAUUGUUGUAAAAGUAAACGAACUCAGAAAGCGAAUGAAAGAUGUUAAGGCGCACGUUUUAGAUACAAAUCGAAAAAAUCCUUUAUGUUUAUGCAAACCAACACGAGAUAUUUUAGAAGAUGAUAUUAAUCAUUUGGAGAAAGAAUUGCAUAAACAUUCAUUGAUAAUAAAAAAUUUGAGAAAAAAAAAUUUAUUUUUAUGCCUGAAUGAUCUACAUUCGCAAUUUAAUCAGGUAGAACAAGUCGAAAGCCUCAAUGAUGAAGCCAAUAUAGAUGACGAGCAGAAUUUCCCAUAUUAUGUGCAUAAGAAAGAAAUAAAUAAUGUUUGUCAAGUAGCCAAUAAAAAACCAUCUAAUAAAAAAAAUGAAGAAGAUAAUUCAGGAUUACAGGAGAAGAUAAAAAAAAUUGAGGACCAAUUAAAUAGCCUAAGCAAUCACAUAAAUUACAACUCUUAUGAUGAAAAUGAGAAUGAGAGUGAAGAAGAGGAAAACUUUCUGAAAAAUAAAAAAAAAUCAAUAGAGAAAUUAACAAAGAAUAUUAAAAAGGGCCCCGCAUAUUUGAACAAAUUUCAUGAUACAAGCAUUAAUAAUAAAAAGAAAAAAAUAAAUUAUAAAUAUUUUCAAAAAGAAUAUGAAAAACAAAGUGAUAACGAUUUUUAUGAGAAAUCUAAAGAAAAUUCUCAGGAUACAGAUAGUUUAUCGGAUUUGUCAAACUCUGAAGGUAGCGAAACAGAAAAUAUCUUAUAUAAUAAAAAGCAAUGGAUGAGUGACGAAGAAGUGGAAAAAAGCAAAAACAAAAUGAUUGAACUACUAGCUCUCUUGAAAGGAAAACAUAAUGAAGAUCUCGUUGAAAAUACAGAAAAUUAUGUCAAGUCAUUUGGAAAACAUAAAUCAGAAAAUGAAUAUAACAUACAAAACAUAUAUAACAAUUUGAAGGCCAUAAAAAAUACUAUUAAAAAUACUGAUGAUGAUACAGAAAAUAAUAUUUUGGCAUUGAUUGAAUCCCAAGCUGCUGAAAUAAAAAUUUUUGGAAAUUGUAUUGACAAUUUGAAGAAUACAAUAACCUCAUAA